AUGAGCAUGCUGUGCUUCUGCACCGGAACUGCUAGGCUAUCCAGAGUAUUCCUUUUUCUGACUCCAAAUUUCAGAUUCUUGAAGCACAGACGCAGAACACCACAAACCAAAAGCAACAAUAAGUGCGCAGACCGUCGAGUAUUUCCUGAGGAUUUCUUGACUGCCUUGAGGACAAUUGCCAUGCAGGAAGAUGAGCUGUCAGGUUUCAUCAUUACUCAAAGAGAUGCCAAGGAUAUCCUGGGAAUGGGCUUACAGGUUUCAAAACUUGAAAGCACAGAUACGGCCAAGCAAGGGCACGAAAGAAACUCUUAUCCAUUCUUGGCUUGCCCCUGA